AAAAUUUCCCCCAAAAAGUGGCAGACAAGAAUUCACAGUAAACCACAGUCAAAACCCUUCUAAUUCUCUCUCCUCUCUCCACCACCACCAUGACCAUCACCAACAUGGACAUGGCAAGACCCACACUCACAGUAAAAGUAUCAAACAUCCCACAAACAGCCAUAGCCCAAGAGCUCUUGUCCUUCCUCGAGUCCACACUCGGGAAAGGCACAGUCUUUGCUAUUGAAAUCUUCACAGAGCACAAGAACUGGAAGUCAAGAGGCCAUGGCCGCGUGCAGUUCGACAGCCCAGAAGCCAAGAUCAAAGCUUUAUCACUGUCUGAACAAAGAAAGCUGCUUUUCAAAGGGUUUUAUAUCUCGAUCUCCCCCUCCUUUGAGGAUGUUAUUAUUAGGCCCGUGGAGCCAAGAAACAGGGUGGGAUAUGGUGGGGGUAUGGUUUUGCUUGCCGGGGUUAUGGUUAGAGCUGAUUGCAUGGGAAUCUUGGAAUCUUGGGAUGGGGUUAGGUUGUGGUUUAUGCCUGAGAGGAAGAAGCUUGAGUUUUUCGUGAAUCAUGAGGGGGAGUGUUAUAAGUUGGAGGUUCAGUUUGGGGAUGUGUUGGAGACUAGAGGGUGUUAUUUGGAUGGGGAUGGUAAGAAAGUUGAUGCUAUCCUUUUGAAGCUCAAACAUGCACCGAAAGUAUAUAGAAAGAUUUCUGGACCAAAGGUUGCUUCAAAAUUCGCUACUGACCGAUAUCACAUAUGCAAAGAAGAUUUUGACUUUCUCUGGGUUCGAACGACUGAUUUUUCAAAUUUGAAGUCAAUUGGAUAUUUGUCUUCUCUCUGUUGGGAGAUUGAAGAAGGAUUAUCUAGUUCAGACAUAUAUUCCUCGUUGCCCUACUAUUCUAAAGAUGUGAUGGAACUAACACUUGAAGGAGGAGUUAAAUUCAAUCACUCCUCUGAUUUAGUUCCACUUGUUACAAAUUACCCUGAUUUCAAAUUACCGUAUGAGGUCCUUUUUCAGCUUAUUUCACUUGUACAUACUCAAAAGAUGAGCCUUGCUGCAGUCGAUACCGAUCUUUUUCAGAUCCUCGGCAGAUUAGAUGUGGACACUGCAUUAUUAAUUCUGAACAAAAUGCACAAGUUGCACUCCACUUGUUAUGAUCCUAAGUCAUUUAUCAAGAAUCAAUCUUCCAUCACCGGUCAGAGUGGUAAGAGUAUGACUGCAGUGGCUUCUAAGAGAUUAACGGAUCAGAACGUGAUGAGUUGUCAUAGAGUUCUUGUGACUCCAUCAAAGAUCUACUGCAUGGGUCCUGAACUCGAAACUUCCAACUACAUAGUGAAGAACUUUGCUUCAUACGCUUCAGACUUCCUGAGGGUCACUUUUGUUGAUGAAGAUUGGGGAAGGCUUCCUGCCACUGCUGUUUCUAUGAGUAUUGAGCAAGGCAUCUUUGCAAAGCCUUACAGAACGGAUAUUUAUCAUCGGAUUCUAUCUGUUCUCCGAGAUGGGAUUAUUAUUGGAGACAAAAACUUCCAAUUCUUGGCCUUUUCUGCCAGUCAACUACGUUCAAAUGCGGUUUGGAUGUUUGCUUCAAAUGAUCAUGUUAAAGCAGAAGAUAUCAGAGAGUGGAUGGGCUGCUUUAACAAGAUCAGAAGCAUCUCAAAAUGUGCAGCUAGGAUGGGUCAGUUGUUUAGCUCGUCAAUGCAAACUCUGGAGGUCCACCCUCGGGAUUAUGAUCUUAUUCCUGAUAUUGAAGUAACAACCGAUGGUGUGAAAUAUUGCUUUUCUGAUGGAAUUGGGAAGAUUUCCUAUGCAUUUGCUAAAGAUAUUGCCAGGAAGUUGGGUUUGCCUCAUAUCCCUUCAGCAUUUCAGAUCCGUUAUGGUGGCUAUAAAGGGGUAAUAGCUGUUGACCGCAAAUCCUUCCGGAAGCUAGCACUACGAGAAAGCAUGCGUAAGUUUGAGUCCAACAACUAUAUGCUUAACAUUACCAAGUGGAGUGAGUCCCAGCCUUGCUACUUGAACAGGGAGAUUAUUACAUUGUUAUCGACCUUGGGUGUAGAGGACUGCAUAUUCUUAGCAAUGCAAGACGAACAACUUCAACACCUGGGCAAAAUGCUGACAAAAAAAGAGGCGGCAUUGAAUGUUUUGGAGAGUACUGGUGGAGGUGAAAUGAAAAGCAUCUUAGCACGGAUGUUGCUUCAAGGCUAUGAGCCAAACAAGGAGCCUUACCUAUUGACAAUGCUUCAAUCACAUCUCGAGAACCAGCUUUCUGAUCUGAGAAGCAGGUGUCGUAUAUUUGUUCCAAGGGGCCGUGUCUUAGUCGGAUGCCUGGAUGAAACGGCAACUUUGGAGUAUGGCCAGGUUUAUGUUCGACUAACCAUGAAUAAGUCUGAGCUACAGUGCGGUGAUCAGAGAUAUUUCCAGAGGGUGGAUGAGACGACUUCUGUGGUUAAAGGCAAAGUUGUGGUCACGAAGAAUCCAUGUCUUCAUCCAGGUGACGUCAGGGUUCUAGAAGCUGUAUGCGAUAUAAAACUACAGGAGAAUAAUCUAGUGGAUUGCCUUGUUUUCCCCCAGAAAGGAGAUAGGCCUCACCCAAAUGAAUGCUCUGGUGGUGACCUUGAUGGUGAUCUGUAUUUUAUAAGCUGGGACGAAAAUCUCAUCCCCCCCAGAACUGUGGACCCAAUGGACUACACUGGACGACGACCAAGAAUCAUGGAUCACGAUGUGACCUUAGAGGAAAUUGAGAAAUUUUUCGCCGAUUACAUGAUCAGCGAUACUCUAGGCACCAUCUCCACUGCACAUCUGAUCCAUGCAGACCGUGAGCCUGAAAAAGCUCUGAGUCCCAAAUGUCUCGAGUUAGCGACCCUUCACUCUAUGGCCGUUGAUUUCGCCAAAACUGGAGCUCCAGCCGAGAUGCCCAGAACUCUGAAACCUCGAGAAUUCCCCGACUUCAUGGAGAGGUGGGAGAAGCCCAUGUACAUCUCACGAGGCGUAUUAGGCAAGCUUUACCGUGCCACAAUCCAAUUCAUUCAUAAAACAAAGCCAACCACCAAUGUCUCGAACAAGAUUUCUUCAGAUGCAUUUGAUCACGAUCUUCUCGUAGAUGGCUAUGAGGAUUUCCUCGAAACUGCUGAAAGUCACAAAGCACAGUACUUGGAUAAAAUGGAGACACUGUUGAACUAUUACGGGGCGGAGAGUGAAGUAGAGAUACUAACCGGCGAUAUGCAGAAGAAGUCGGCAUAUUUGCAACGAGAUAACCGUAGAUACGGCGAGGUGAAGGAUCGGAUCAUGGUGUCCGUUAAAAGCCUGAUGAAAGAGGUCAAGGGGUGGUUCAGGAGCAGCUGCAGCGAAGCUGAGCAACAGAAACUGGCAUCAGCCUGGUAUUUUGUGACCUAUCACCCGACUUACUCUCAUGGCAGCGCAAAUUGUUUGGGAUUUCCAUGGGCUGUGGGUAACAUCUUGCUCGACAUAAAGUCGGCCAAGAACGUUAAGCACAUCGACAACUCAGUCGAAUAACAUCGUAAUGUACAUAUUCUGUAUAACUGUAACUGGCGGUACUUUUCUAUUAAACUUUUUUACUCAUCUUGCUCAA